CCCCGCCCUUUCACCCACUCACCAGCUCCAAACCAACAUCAUGCGUCUCCUCCUCUUCCUCCCGGUUCUAAGCGCUUUGUUGGCACCCACGCUCGCCAGCGCGGUCCCGCAGCAGCAAUCCGCGCCCUGGGGCGAAAAAACCGACGGCCGCGUCGAGCAAUUCCGCAACAUGUGGAAGGACCGCCAGGCGGGGCGGCAGCCGGGAAAGAUGGAGAAGCUCGUGGGCAACGCCGAAGACCGCGAGCACGGGAAGUACACCAAUCCCAAGCCGUACACGCAGAUGGGCGGUGGAAUGAGUGGUGCGCCUCCUCCUCCUCCGAAGGAGCAGCCGAAGAAACAGCAGCCCCAGCAGCAGCCCAAGCAGCAGCAGAAGAAGAAGAAGAAUGGGCCUCCUCCUCCCUCCACCGGUGGGAAGAAGAAGGGCGGCUCUGGCGGGCUGCAUAAGCGUGGCGGCGACGAUAUCUGCAGCCUCACCUCGCUCCAGGGCAACGGAAAGUACCCCGACCCCGAGGACUUCUUCAAGUUCUCCGAGGAGAAGCUCGGGAAGAAGUACAGUCCGGCGGAGCUGGAGGCAGCGCGCGACCACCUUGCGACGCAGCUUGCCGCCGCCGCGAAGCGCGAUCAGGAGCGUAAGAGCGACGACCCCCCGCCCGUCCAGUGCGAUGACGAGUUCCUUGCGUUCGCCGGCAUCCCCAAGGAGGAGGUGGCCCCGCCCGCGCCCAACGUCAUCGAGGUCGAGGCGAAGAAACUCGGGUUCAAGGACUUGGCCUCCGCGUGCCAGACCAAGAAGGCGACCGCUCCCUGCCCCCUCGCCAACCCCGAUGCCAAGUGCGAUUACUGCUGCGAGGCCGGCUACACGGGCGCCAACGAGUUCCAGGACUCCGGGUGCGGCUGCUGCAGCUACGAGUACGCCGGCGGCGACUUCCCGAUCGACUUUGCGCAGUUGGCGUUCGAGUGCCGUCCCUUCAACGACUGUGAGGGUGGCAACGGGAGCGUCGGUGGCCGUGGCGGCGUCCGUGGCGGCCGUGGCGCGGGAGACGGCGGAGACGACAUCGAAGUCGAUGUGUCCACCAACAGGGACACCGAGAUCUACGCUGUGUUCGAGGACAUCAGGCGCCUGUGCUUCUUCUUCGACUCGAAGAACAACCAGGACGUCAACAUCAACACGCCGUACGAGGGGGUCGUCGACAUCAGGGUCGAUACCGAGGACCUCGCUGCUGCUGCUGCUGAUGAUGGUGAUGAGGUCGUGAUUGCCAACUCUCAACCCGGUAGGGAUUUCUAUCCGGGUUCCCCGGCGAGGGCUGAGAAGUCGGGUGAAACCAUCAGCGCUUCCCCGGCGAGGGCCGAGAAGU